GGUAAAGAAAUACUUUUUUAUUGUAAUCUCAUUUUUAAUAUAAUUUAUUUUUUUAUAUUCUGAAAAGCGUAUUGCGUCGUAAUUAAUGUUACAGAAAGUAUAUCAUAAAAUGUAAAAUAAAUUUAACAACAGGCAACACAUACCUACAGAUCUUUUUUAGAUACCAAAUCAUUCCAUGAAAUGAUUCUCGUUUUAAAAAAAUAUUAAUAUCUUUAAAUUGUUACAAUUGGUUUUGUAAUAAUUUUUUAUAAAAUAUCCAUUAUAAUCCAAAAAAAUAACUUUUCAACUGUAAGAACUUCCUUUAUUGCUGUAAUAAACUCAAUCUUAUAUUUAUAUACAUUAAAAUAAUCAAUUAUUAUAAAACAGAUGUCUGAAAUUUCUUCCCCCUAUUAAUCCCCAAAAAAUAUUACCCCCCCCCCUCGCUUUAAAAACUCCCCAAAUUUGGGGGCAUCCUCCCAAUCUGGCAUCAAUGCUCGCGUCCGCGUCUUGUAUUAUCUGCCUCCACUGCGGCCAUCACCUGCUUUCCUCAAGCUGACACCUCACGAGCCUGUUUUCUGAAUCUGAAUCUGAUUCUGAACCAGCGUGCACUGUGGCCGUACCCUUCGAGACCACUGUCCCUAUUCCACCUCCGACAGUGCUGCCAACUUAGUAUAUUUAUGGCUAAAUUUAGCAUAUUUUUAAGUGAUUUAGCAUAAAAAAAAACAUUUUAGCAUGAAGCAUAUUGUCUUGUUUACUUAUUAGAAAUGAAAUGCUACGUUAUUAAAUUACGUUGCAAUUUUUACCGUGAUCGCUCCCCAAUGAUCGGCUGUUCACGGAAUCGGCGCACUGUUUUAUCAGCUUUUGUUCAGCCAUCUAGUGAUAAUAAAAUGUCACACUUGUUGAUACUUCAAAGUCGUUAAAAAACUAUUUUAACUAGUCUAAUCGUCGUUCGUUACGUUGUGUUUACUAUGCGACGGGCAGUGCUAUCUUUGACCUAUUGGAUGCAUAACAUUUAGUUAUAAUUGCUGUUAAAAAAACACUGUACGUUUUCCGAAAAAAAAAAUAAUAAAAUAAUAAAAUAAAAAUAUUAGGAUAAUGGGGCCCCUAUGAACCCGUUCGGUGAUUUAACAGGAACUAGGGAUUUUGUAUAUGAUCUAAGGGGGGCCCCUAUCGAUCGCGAGGCCCUGCCCAAAGUGCCCCCUGGGAAAGACGGGUCUGGCGACGGGAAUCCCCGAAUUGAAAAACAAAUAAAUGAUUGAAUGAAUUGUUAUUUUAUGAAUAAGCCAAUUAACUAACAUGAUAAUCAUUGAUUAUCAUCUAUCUAACUAACAUGAUAAUCAAUGAUUAUCAUGUUAUAGUUAGUUGGCUGGCUGACAAACAAACAAUGCUUUUACACGUGUAGUAGUGGUAAUUUUAUAUUGUACUGUUUAUAAUAUUAUUUUAACAAUGGUGUCGAUUCUGGGGUGAUUCUCUUAACUUAAACUUAAUUUAACAUCAAUCUCUCCUUUUCAUUCCGUAUAGAGAAUGGCAAGGAUGCACUGUUGUCAAAUUUAAGUUUAGGUUUAGGGAAUCGUGUCAGAAUUGACACCAAUGACUGCGAAAUAUACUCAGCAUAAACGUUCGUAGUGGGAAUUAAUGACAGAAUUUAAUGAAUGGUUGUAUUACUAAUUAACAUUAAUAUAUCUAUUUUAAUUAUUGUGUUGUUACUAAUUGACACCAAUAUAUUAUAUUUUAUCACAUACAUUACAGUUACAUUGUUUUAUAAAAAAUAUCGGUUAUGGACAUUAGUGGUUAGCAUUAUAUUUUAACAUCUUUUUUAAAAAAUAGCAAAUUUUUGGCAUUUUUUUACUUCGAUUUAGCAUGAAAUAUUUUUUGGAGUUGGCAGCACUGACCUCCGCUCUUGUCUUUUCAAUCAUUCAUUUGGUUUGGAUGUUUGGAAAUGUCAAACAAACAUUGCCAGUGGGUGAUGUGCGAAUAAAUAAUAAUCGUUCCCGUAUUUAUUUUAUUUACCUAAGUAUUAUUUAAAGCUGGAUGCAUUUACUACGUGUCGAUUGUUCCAUGUAGUCUACACCACAGCAGCUGCAGUUCGGUCACAACGAGCGACAUGAACGGAAGUGCAAUGAACACGGUGUGCUACAAUGGGGCUAACGAUAGGCUGAUACACGAGGCAGAUCAACUGAUUUCAUACAUAGAAAGGGGUUCUACAGUGUUCAAGUUUUACCCUCGUAAGCGUCCAGAGAGGCGCACUCUGCUGGUACGACGGGAGACUCAUCAAGUCUUGUGGUUGCGAACGGGAGCACCGCAGCGUCAAGCCUACGAAGGCGCCUUAGACAUCAGGGAUAUGAAGGAAGUCAGAAUCGGAAAGUCUUCUAAAGAUUUCGAGCGAUGGCCAGAAGAAACAAAGAGGCUGGAGAAUUCAAAGUGCUUCACGAUUUAUUACGGAGUUGAAUUCAAAUUGCGCUCGGCUUCGUUCGCUGCACAAACUGACAAAGAAUGUGAUGCCUGGGUGAAAGGCCUUAGGUUUCUGGUGGAGGAGGCCAUAAGUGCAUCAUAUCCAUUGCAAAUAGAAAGGUGGCUGAGAAAAGAGUUUUAUGCAAUAGAGAACCCAAAUGAAAAGAUAACUUUGAAAGAAGUGAAGGCAUUUCUACCAAAAAUUAAUUGUAAAAUUUCUACUAGCAAACUGAGGGACAUAUUCCAAGAAGUGGAUACAGGAAAGAAAGGGGAGAUCGGCUUCGAUGAUUUCUCGAUAUUAUAUCACAAACUUAUAUUUGACGAGAAUAACGUCCACGACAUAUUCGACAAGUACGCGCUGUACUGUUCUAACGGCAGCACGAUCACGUUGCGUGAGUUCCAGCGAUUCCUCGUUAUAGAGCAGCAUGACCGACUCGGCGAGGACGAGUCGCGCGCCUCUCAGUACAUACGGGACUACCUGCGUGACCCGCAACGGGACAUCUACGAGCCUUACUUUACGCUCAACGAGUUCGUCGAAAUGCUGUUCUCGAAACAAAACACAAUCUGGGACAGUAAACAUGACCAGGUGACGCAGGACAUGACCAAGCCCUUAUCUCACUACUGGAUCUCGUCCUCGCACAACACGUACCUAACUGGGGAUCAGUUCUCAAGUGAGUCCUCGUUGGAAGCUUAUGUACGCUGCCUGCGGUUAGGCUGUCGUUGUAUAGAGCUAGAUUGCUGGGACGGUCCUGACGGGACUCCAUUCAUUUACCACGGUCAUACUCUCACCACCAAAAUCAGAUUCAUGGAUGUGUUGCGGACUAUAAAGGAGCACGCUUUCGUCACAUCUGAUUACCCCCUGAUACUAUCGAUUGAGGACAAUUGCUCUUUGCCCCAGCAACGCAGGAUGGCGAGCGCCUUCCAAGACGUCUUCGGAGACAUGCUUUUAGUGCAGCCUUUCGAAAAGAAUGAAACAAGUCUGCCUUCCCCGCACGACUUACGCAGAAAAAUCAUUCUGAAACACAAGAAGCUUCCGGAAGGCGAGGAGGAGAACUCAUUCUCCGUGCGCCAGGAGGAAGGGAAAGACCUCGAUCUCAGGAACUCCAUCAAGAACGGCAUUCUGCUCCUCGAAGACCCGGUCGAUAAGGAGUGGAAUCCGCACGCAUUUGUGCUGACCGAAAACAAGUUGUAUUACACUGAGAAUUAUAGUACUCAAGGGGAGACUGAUGUGGAUAGCGACGGGGAAGCUGAACCGGAGCUCUCUAGUAUACCUCAGGACGAGUUGCAUUUCGGCGAAUGCUGGUUUCACGGGAAAUUAGCCGGGAACAGACAGGAGGCUGAGGAUUUGCUGAGGGCCCACGCCCAUCUCGGCGAUGGCACGUUUUUGGUGAGGGAGAGUGUGACUUUCGUGGGGGAUUAUUGCCUGUCGUUCUGGCGGCAGGGCAAGGUAAACCACUGCCGGAUCAAGUUGAAGCAAGAACGCGGCGUCACCAAGUACUACUUGAUCGAUACGGUUUGCUUCGACAGUCUCUAUAGCUUGAUCACACACUAUAGGCAGAAUCCGUUACGAAGUCAGGAGUUCCAGAUCACCCUAAAGGAACCCGUGCCACAGCCCAACAAGCACGAAGGCAAAGAGUGGUUUCAUCCCCAAUGCACGCGGGCGCAAGCAGAGGAACUUCUACGCAAAGCGAACACAGAUGGCGCUUUCCUUGUGCGCCCCAGCGAAAAGGACCACGGAUCUUUCGCCAUUAGCUUCAGAACGGAGAAGGAAAUCAAGCACUGUCGUAUAAAACAAGAGGGCCGGCUGUACACCAUAGGCACGGUGAAGUUCGAGAGCUUGGUGGAGCUGGUGGCUUAUUACGAGAAACACCCCCUAUACAAGAAGGUGAAGCUGUGGUACCCGAUCAGUGAGGAUGUUGUACCAAGGAUCAUUUCGGAACCCGACGACAACUCAGUUUAUGGUACCCCUGGGUACAUGGAUCCGACAUCGUUCACAUCAAAGGUGACAGUGAAGGCGUUGUAUGACUACCGCGCGCGGCAAGACGACGAGCUCUCAUUCUGCAAGCACGCCAUCAUAACCAACGUGGACAAACCGGACGAGGGGUGGUGGCGCGGCGACUACGGGGGAAAGCGGCACCACUGGUUCCCCGCCAAUUACGUGCAGGAAAUCGAGGUGCCGCACAUGCCACACCUCGCCGGUUGUUUGGAGAACGAGAGUGCAGCGCUCGGUUCCCUACAAAAGGGAGUAGUAGACGUCUUAGGGGCGGUAGUAGAAUUAGUGGUUGGCGAAGAAAACGGUUCGCCUCGAUGGCUAGUAAGAGUCCAAAGUCCGUCUAUGUGUUCACCAUUCGAUAUGGCGGCACCUUCCCGCGAAUCGGCCUUAGAAUGGCUAUCAGCGAUUAAAGAAGCAGCACAUUCGGCUUCCGCUAGGUCCUUACAGCAUAGAAAAAUGGAAAGAACUUGGCGCAUUGCUAAAGAAAUGUCUGAUUUAAUAGUCUACUGCCGCUCGGUGGCCUUCAACCAGGAGCGACUCCGCACGCGAGGAUUCAUCUUCAACGAGAUGUCCUCCUUCCCUGAGACAAAAGCCGAACGCCUAAUGUGUCAACAGGAGAACCAGUUCUUCCUGAAAUACCAUGGCAUCCAACUGAGCAGGAUCUACCCAAAAGGCCAACGGAUAGACUCUUCCAACUACAACCCGGUGGCGUUCUGGAACUCGGGCUCGCAAAUGGUGGCGUUGAAUUACCAAACUCCCGAUAAGCCGAUGCAGAUCAACACGGGCAAGUUCAGGGAGAACGGGGGCUGCGGAUUUAUAUUGAAGCCUGAGUUUAUGAUUCAAGAUGGUUACAAUCCGUACGAUAAACGUAGCGUGGAGAGGAAAGUGAGGCCGGUUACAGUGAUGCUGCGAGUGAUCGGCGCGAGGCAUCUCUGCAAGUCUGGAAGGGGCACGGCCAGUCCCUUUGUUGAAGUGGAACUGAUCGGCGCUGAAUACGACACCGGAGUCAAACUGGUCACAAAGACCAUCGGGGACAACGGUAUCAAUCCUAAUUGGAACGACAUAUGCGAGUUCGAGGUGGCUACUCCCGAGCUGGCGUUACUCCGCUUUUUAGUGCAAGACGAGGAUAUGUUCGGAGACCCAAACUUCCUUGGACAAGCCACUUUACCAUUGAAGUGUCUCCGUACUGGGUACCGCAGCGUGCCUUUAUCAAACGCACACUCUGAAGAACUCGAGCUCUCCUCUCUACUUGUCCAUCUCGCCCUUGUAGACAACUAGCUUAUAAAUCUACACACACCAAAAACACACACGAGUUUCAAAUUUUCAAACGCCUUUCCAUAAUAAUUGCGUGAUAAUAAUCUAGUUAUGCGUGUAAUUCCAAUUGAUUUAUAAAAAAAACUGUCUAGAUACAUUUAAUAUAUCAUUCGUAUGUUUUAUGUAUAUAAACUAAUUUUCAAGUUGAUGAAUUUUAAAAAAUUUUUUUUUAAUAUACAUAUCACCAUGUAAAUAUGAUUGUCGCGAAUUUGUGAUUUAGACUGAGAUAUUGAAAAUUUUCUACUUUUUCCAUUAUAUUCAUAUUUAGAAAAGGUAAUAUAUAAUUGAUAAUAUUUAUAAUAAUGGUAUAACAUAAUAAACAGAAAAGUGCCUAUCAAUAAAAUUUUAUAAAACCUUUUUGUAAAUAUGGAAGUGAAGUUCUACUUUCAUUCCCUUUUACAGUUAAUAUCAUCGUUCUGAAUACUAUAGUAAUUAAAAUAUGACUCGGUAAGAAACUAGAAAAGUAUUUUCAAGAAUUCAAUAGUGAUAAAAAUGUUUUCUAACUAAUUUCCAUAAAGAAAAAUCCCAACUAUUUCAAGGUGUCAUAAACACACUUGGAUCUAAAGUUUAUGGGGUUAAUCGUGGUACUCUGUUGAUGUGAUACAACUUUUUAAUGAGCUUAUUCGAUAGAACUCAGACAUUUAUUAUCUUCGAUCAACAAUUCUAAGUUUAUUAUUUGUUGAAUGCAAACUGGUGCUACUGUCUCAAUUACCGAUUGAGAAUCAAUAACCUUUUUUAGUUUCUUUAAAAUAGACAGAAAAAGCUUAAAUGUAUUUAGUAUCAAGAAAGAUGUUUACAAUAAAGUCUGCUACAGUACGUUGUAAAGUGCUACAAAACGCAUUCGGAUCGGACUCAGUGUUAUCAGAACAUGUUCUUACUCAGCAACUUUACUGUGACUGAGUAUCUAAGUACUCACGAAAUAUAGAAAGCAGGGAUACUAUGACGAUCCCAUUUAGUUAAAUAGGACCAUUACAGUUUAAAUUCCAUACAUUCGUUGUUUUUACUAAACUUAUACGAGGCAUGCUGCUCUGUUACUUAUUAUUACAGUUUAUUAUAUUUGAUUACAAUUUGCUAAUGAGUGGGUACUCAGCAUAAAGUUGCGUAGCUUUAAAUGAUCAAGAACGAAACAAAGUUGAAAAUGCUAGCACUGAAAAAUCGAUACUUACUUUAAUUUCAAAUAUUAAUAAUUUUGAAAAAAAUAUAUAAACAGUACCUACUUAGUCUUGUUAUUUUUUUUGUUGGAACACAUACACUGUCAACUUUGGAGCAACACUAUUGAAAACCUCAUGUAACAAAAUAGGUGCUUAUUGUGGCAACUCCAUUUCCGAUAUUCUUCCGUUUAAUUUGAUUUUUCAUUAUAAGUGAUCUUUGCACAGUUAUCUUUUUAAAUAAUGGUAGAAAAUAUAAAAUAAAAAUUAUAUUAUUAUUAUAAAAGUUUAAUUAUUUAAAUUAGCGAAAUGAAGCUUCUGAGACAUUGUCAUGUGUAUUGAAAAAAUGCGCACAAAAGCUUAGACUGUUGCUUAAACGAUUUUUUUUUAUAUUAAUUAAUAUAGUUGUUAUAAUGGUCGUAAAAAUGUGAUGACAAAAUUAUUGAAUGAAGCUACUAUAUCAUUAUAUUGAUUUUAAUUUAAUUAUAGUAUACUGAAGUCGGAAAUGCGUACCUAAUUGGAACAUAAAAUCUAUAUUAUAAUGAUCAUUGAACAUAUUAUUUCUAUGAACACACAUUAAAAAAGUUUAAGCAACCCGCAACAUUUACUGAAAAUUUAUGUACUGUUAAUUAAUAUGUAUUUUUUUGGCUAAGAAGAUUACUACAUAAUAUUUAUUGUUACUGUUUACUGAUUUUAUUAAUAGAAACUUUCGAUUGUGUUUAUAAUGGUACGGUAUGAAUAUAAAUAAAGAAAUAUUUCCAACACUGACACCAAUUAGCCUAGCCCCAAGGUAAGCACUGUAAGGCUUGUGUUAUAGGAUACUAGGGUAACGGAUAGAAUACAUAUACUGUACAUAUAUAAGUAGAUUUAGAUAGAAAUACAUAUGAAACAUCCAUGACUGGAGUACAAAUGCUCGUAUUCAUCACACAAACAUCUGCCCCCACCGGAUUCAAUAUAAUUACAAUUCAAAAGUUUAAAACCGUACUUUUAUUGCUUAGACUUUUUUGAUGAGUAUAUUAAUAUACCUAUAGUUAUUGAUGGAUGUGAAAGCCGAGGAUUACAAUUAUUUUUAUUGUAGAGUAAAAGUUACAAUGUAUUUUAUGUCUAUGGUAUUGAAUUGAGGUAGCUAUCUUAUCUCCAGAUUUCAAGUACUAAUUUCUGAAUGUAUAUUAUCUUUAUUGAAUACUAGCGGACCCGACAGACGUUGUCCUGUCUACACGUCUUUGUGAAUCUAAACCAUUCUCAGAUCCCCUUGAACACACACAAAAAUUUCAUCAAAAUCGGUCCAGUCGUUUAAGAGAAGUUCAGUGACAUACACACUCACAGAAGAAUUAUAUAUAUAAAGAUAAGCUGUCAGAUUUUAUAAUAUUGAAUUAAUUAAACUUCUAAGUCUCAUCUUUUAAAAAAUAUAUUAUGUUAAUUAUUUUGAUAUAUUGUCUUUAUAUAGAAGAAAAAUAUAUCUUAAUUGAGAAAUCAUUAUGAGCAUAGAAUAUUUUUGUUGGAGGCCAAAAUAUAUUUAUGUGGGCAAAAUAAUAUCCAAACGAUUUUAGAACUAUAACUGAAAAUAUCAUAUAUAUACGAGUAUAUAUCAUAUCUUAGAUUUAAAUUAUUAAUUGUUUUGUAGUAUUCGGUGUUUGAUGUAUUAGAGUAGGGAAUCUGGUCUAGGCACGAAUUGUAUAAGGAGUUAUUGCUACAGUAGUCCGAUGACAGUGACAAGUGCAACAAACUCUAAUCGCGCACUCUAUUAAUGAUCACGUAAAUAAAUACAGCACCUUUAGCACGAACCACUGUCGAAUUCGAAUAGUUGAAAUUGAUCUCGGUACGCGUCAAAUACUAAGAAGUUUUCUAUGGAGGAUUUUUAAUUCUCGUUACGUCCGUCGUGGCGCUCUUCAUAUUUCUUCUUGACAUUUGAUGCGUAUCGAGAUCGAAUUCUAUAUUGGUUCGCGUUAAGCUAAGAGUACUGGCUAUAGUGUCUUUAUAACUUAAUUCUUUCGUUUUAGUUUGCUACAGUGUUUUACAUUUGUAGUAUAGUGCCGUCAUCGGCGGGCGGGCAAGUCGAAAUGGUUUCAUGGCACACACCUCGUGUUUACGCUCGGUAAAGAAUCUGUACCGAAACGACUCAGUGAGGAAGCUUUCGUUUAAAUUAAUUCUCUAAAAUAAAAACGAAAUUUUCCGCACCGGUGAGGAAAGUGCUUAUGGCCGGUAAGGGACGCCCCACAGCCUCCGCAUCUCUGUUCUGACCAUAGAGAAUGGGCUUAACAUUUGCUGUUCAGGUUUAAGUAAAACUGGACAGAGAGACGAAGCGAAUGUGGUGUCAAUAGUUUGUAUAAGUAACAGCUUGCACCAUCACUUGCUAAGAGCGAGAACAAUGGUCCAUUCCACGGUCCUGAAAAAAAGACGGACGUAACUUCGUCUAAUCGUGAGUGAAGCAUGUCAAUGGCCGCCGAUUCACCACGUGUGCGUGAUUUGAGGGUUGUCAUAUAAAUCUUCAAUUUCCUUACUUUUUAAAUCUCGCAAAGCAAAACAUUGUUAACAUUAUGUAAUCAAAUAUAUAACGGGAUAUUAACACUUUUUUUCGUUGUGGGCUCCCGAUAUUUCAGCAAUUUAAAUGGUUGCACUUCAGAAACAAAAUGUUGGUCUAUCAAAUAUUUUUUAUGACCACAUAUUGUUGACAUCGGCGGCUAUUAUUUAUUCUUAUGUUCGAUUCUUUCAGUAAGAAAUGUGUCGAGUCUAAUUUCUUGUUUAACUUCUGUAAGAAAGCACUACCUAUAGCAAAUUCUCUUUUAUUCUUAACUGAAAUAAAAUUAUUUUUCAUGAUACCACUAAUAGCUUAUUUUCGCAGGCGCUUGUAAAAUAAAAUAACACCACUUUUAUAAGUCGAAUCAAUAAAAUAGAACGGUCGUCGUAACCAAAAACUCUUUGAAGUGUGCGGUAGCGGUAAGUCUUUCUGCGAAUGUUGCUAACUUCCAAAAAUGUUUACUCAAACUAAAGACUAUAACUAGGGAUUAGAUUCUCCUAAUUAAUUAUUUUAAUUAAGUGGAAAAAGGCUUUACAAUUAAAACAUAAUAAUAUAUCCUUAAAAAUCUCACCCCGUAUUAAUAUUAACUAUAAUUUGGGGAAAAUCUCGUGAGUUGGUAACACUGAUUAAUUCUCAGUGAUUAAUGCGUAAGGUAAUUGCGUCUAAUAAGGGCCGGGUUUUUGGAAAUAGAAAUAAAUCAAUGUUUGGAAGUGUGACAAUUAGUACGACGUCAUGAUCAACCAAACUGUUUUUAUUUGAAAAGAAAACGUUGCACAAAAACGACACACGAAUGACCAUUUAUUUACAAAAAAAGUUUUUUAAAAGCUUGUUUAUGGUCCUUAUUGUGUACUAGGGCUCGAAUUAAGGUCCAUGAUUGAACUGCAAGAUUUCAGACGUUGAGUAUCAAAAAAAAUAAAUCUUUAGAUAGCAACGGCUUUAAACUACUUUCAACUUCAUGGCUUUCCAAUAUUAAAACGGUAAUUCAUAUAAUUUAGUAUUGUGGCCCUUAUAAAGUCAUACGAAAUAUAUAUAAGUUGUAACUUAUAUAUUUUCUAGCUAUAAAUGAAACAAAUUGAAGGUUUGUGCAAAUUUUUAUUAAUUUUACGAAAGAUAAUCACUAUAAGUUACUAAUGAGUUAUUUUUUCUUCUGAGUGAGUCUUAAUCUUGGGACCUUAUUAGGUAUAACACUUAUUUCAUAUAGUGUGGACCUUAUUAAGUGUUUCUAACAGGUAACACGGUAACCACUGAACUUAAAGGUUCAGUGUGUAUAUACUUAUCCUUAUUAAAUAUAUUUUCUAUUCAGUAAUCAAAAUAAACGUAUAUAAAUGCCACUUGUUAGGCCAGGCUGCUUAUUUAAACUCAUAUAAGUCAUUUAUGUAACUGAUCAUGCCUAUUUUAAAAUAUCGUAAACCAAUAAGGGCCGGCCCUUAUUUGUAGACAACAACUUGGACCUUCUUAGGCAAUCACAUGUGUCCUGAGAAAAUGAAACAAAAUUUAUAUAAAUAAGCAAUAAUUUUAGUAACUUAUCCCGUCAAUCUACGUUCUGAAAGUAUUUUAACAUUACUAUUGCAAAAUUAUUACAUAACACCGAGUUUUAUUAUUGAAACAAAGCAAAAUUGGAUCAGAAUAUUUUAUUCGUUCAGUCACGUCGACUGCACCUGAGGUUACACACAGAGCCACUGCCAAAAUGGCCGGCGCGGAGGCAAUGAACGUCGGUGCGCUUUUAUGAUUGGUUACUGGGGAGGCGCUGCGCAAAAUCAGUUUUGGUUUAAAUAUUAAGUGCGGGAAGUUUGAAAAGAUGGACCUUAUUUGGAACCGGCCCUUUUUAGGCGCACUUACCUUAAUCAAAUACUAAUAACAAUUUCUUUAAAAUAUAUGUCAUUUUAUUUUUCUAUAUAUAUCAUAUUUACAAAUACCUAAUUGUUUUGUUUAUAAGAAAUACUAUGGAACAGGCUGGAUUUAAUGAAAUGUUUAGUUUAGAAUUUGUAUGGUUUUCCUCAAUGAUAUUUUAUAACUAUAGACAUGUUAAGUUUAUAGUAACUGCGUUUAAAAGCUGUUCCGAGUUCUAAUCAAACUUCAAAAAUUUUAAUUGUUUUCUUGUGCAUAGAGUUUCAUUUAUUAGUCGUAGAGUGGACACUUGAUUGAAAAGUAAGAAUUAUAACAUACUACAUAUGUAAGAAAUAAAACAUCUUAUAAAUGUAAAUCACAUUUAUUAAUUAUUUAACAAUUUUUUUUGUAGUGUAUGUCCUUAUUACAAUAUGCGUCAAGUCGCUCAUCAAGUGAAACCGAUAAUCACGUAAGAGUUUUUAAGUCAACUUGAGCGUAUGCAUAAUUAUUCGCACAAUACAUUGUAUUGUUUUAAAAAUUUCGCUUCUGGUUCAUUAAUCUAUGGCGCUACUUGUCGUCCUUGUCGUGUUGCAGUUGCCAUCAUAUCCUCUACCCUUUUUUAACCGUCAUGUGUAUAGUUCAAGAUUUCUUUUAUUAAUUCCAGUAAAUGAAAAAUGAAACUAUGCCAAAAUACAAAUAUGACGUUCUUUUAUAUACUAUAUACACUCCUACAUUCUUAUUUAUCUUAGAAACAUAGUUUUUCAAUUUAUCUUAGAAGCAUAGUUUUUUUUUAUUUCCUUGGCAUUAAAAUAAUAUUACUGACACGACACGGACACGUUUUGUUUCGCUCGCUGCUAUUAGCCGACUAAAUCAUAUUACGACAAUUGUCUGAAUUUGUCUGCAACAAAUUGCGCUCGCUAUUCUAUCUACCUAUAUUGUAUAUUAUGUAAUAUUAUUAUUCCUAAACAAACUUUGGAUAUUGGAUUAGAUUACAUUGGUGUCGAUUCUAGCAUGAUUCUCUAAACCUAAACUUAAAUUUGACAGCAGUAUAUCCUUGUCAUUCUCUAUACAGAAUGAAAAGGAGAGACUAAUGUCAAAUUUAGUUUUAAGUUUAGAGAAUCACGCCAGAAUUGGCACCACUGUAUUCAUUGUCAUCCCAUCAAAAUGGAUUUGAAUGUGAUUGUGGCCCUAUGGCCUUGUUACAUGGAAUUUGCUUGGUGCUAAGAGGCCAAGCUGAUCACAUAUUGGAAAGUUACGCUAACUUCACUAUGAUGAGUGACUAUCAGUGAAGUUAGCCUUACUUUCUUAGUCAUAUAUCUUAACAACAAAAAUCAUAAAAAAAGGCCUUCCUGUUAAAAAAAUAAGAUUGUAAAUAACCUUAACCUAACGUAACAAACGAAAAUGUUAAAAUGUAUUUUAUUUUAAACUUGUGUUUUUAUUAUUGUAUGUGUUAACGUAAGAUGAAAUGCGUGUUGUAACAUGACAUUGUAAUGAUGAACAGUAAUUUUUGCUUUACUAUUUUUUGAAAUAGUUUUAAAGAUUUUUAUCUUAUUCCAAACAAUAUGAUUGUAGGAAAUCAUAUAUUGUUAUAGUCUCUUUAUCAUACACUUGUUCUGCUUUUAAGCAAUAUAUUUACAUAAUUAUUAAAAACUUUACUAAGAAAAGUUCAAAUCGAUCGAGUAACGAGCUGUAAACACACACACAUCACAAGUCUUUUUAAUGAAAAUGGUUAUUUAUUAAUAUAAAAUCACGUUAAUUCGAAUUGACGGUAAAUGAUGUUUGAUGUUGAUUUGGUUAUUUAAUAUAAAGAGUUAUGUGAAGAGUGCUUACUACAUAAUACAAAUGUCAAAUAUAUAAUAUCAAAUUAACAGACUUCCGUUGUCAAAUGCUUCCAGGAUAUGAAAUAAGCGUAGUGGCGCGUACGCCGUCUCUGGACCAUUCCGGCAUCAUCCUCUAAACCCUUAACUCAAUUUCACAAUGUCAAAUUCUACCAUGCUCUACAUAGAAUAAAACUGCUGUCAAUUAGAUUUUAAGUUAAGAGAUCUUUAUCUAAGUCUACUUUUUAUUUAAAAUGAAAUGAAUCUUAAAACGGCAUACCAGUCUGAAGUCGUAAAUGUUUUAUAUAUUUCGUUUUCUUGAUAUUAUAACAAUUAUUAUAGAAAGAGAUAUCUAAGAUACAUACUAUGAGUGUUUUAAGCUUCACAAAGGAGCACUUUCGUUCAAGUAACCCCGCUUUAACUAUACCUAAAAUGAAUAUUAAUAAAUUAUAUAAGGAUGUGCUAAAUAUUGCUGCAGCCAGUUUUAACCCUACCAUUACGGUUGAAAAUGAAGUGGAGGUUUGGAAAUGCUUUUUAUCAAAUUAAAAAUGAAAGUAUCAUUCGAGACUUUAUAUAGUUUUUUUUUUGUUUUAUACCCUGUUCGCGGAAAAGAGUUGUGAAGUAUUUUCUUUAUCACACAAUCGUUUGCAAAGGAUGAAAAACUGCACACGUUAAAAACACGAAAGAUGCCACUUUCAUAGGCCAAAGUAACAUCGGCAAAAUACAACCCGUCCAAUGACAGAAAAGCUUAGGUUUCUUCAGUACUAGCUCUUUUCCGUGAAUAGAGUAUGAAUGAAAAAUAGCCUGUUUUUUAUUUCAUUGUUUUAUGUAUCCAUUAAUACCUACAUUGUGCACAUUGUGAUUAUGGUCAGAAAUAAAGGUUAAAACAAAAAGGAAAGAUACGGCACUCGCGGCUCAAAAGUGAUCCGCUUAAAUUGUGGUGCAUACCAUAAUUCGCUUUAGUCACAAGUAGGACAUUCAAACACGCUGCAUGUGCACUCAAUAUAACAGUAUUGCGUAUAUUCUAUGUUAUAAAGAUAAAACAAUGCCUUCGAUGCUUUUAUAAAGAACACAAAUACACCAAAGUCAAAUAACAAAUGUCUCAGCAACACUUUUCAUUCGUAAAACUGUAAAAUCAUUUAUUUUUCAAAAGUUUGUCGUAAAUGUUUUGUACAUAAUUGCUAUUUUGUUAUCAAGAAAAAGACAAAAAUACAGCUCAGUACAGACUGAAGCGGACUCAGACGUUUGCGUGUGCGUGUGUGAGAGUUGCUUAUGUAGUUGUGUCAACUCAUAUUUUAUUUGUUGCUAGUAUGAGCGAACCGUAUCUUCCGUUUUUUGUUAAGGUAAGGUAAUAAAGGUUAUUAUAAUGAAUCAUAGAGAUUGGACAGAGCAUUCUCACUCCAACUCUUGCAGUUUAACCGGGCCGAUAAGUGUGUGAAAGAUGAAGCGAUCGAUCGGCCAAAUACUUCAUAGACAUUUGACUGCAUCGUCACUUUCUGUCUUUCUAGCUAGAGAGCAUAAUAGAGGUUAGAGAGAAGGAAAACGAUCGCUACGUACUAAAGCAUUAGCCCGCCUGACCCUGAAAAUUUGUAGAAUUUAUAGUUCAUUUUUCAGCCACCAGCCGCGCUGCCGUCGGUAAGUAGUAUCAGUGAAGUUAGCUGUUUAUGAGUACAAGUAGAUGAAGUUAGUUGAAUAUUGUAGAAAUUUUCUUCGCGGCAUUGGUCAUUUCAAAUUAGCCCGCUUUUAUUGAGACAACUUGGCGAUCGCAGCGCCUCACUUAUUUUGUCCAUAUUUUGGGGACACUAUUUUCUACAGCGAUCGUUCUCCAUAUGUGGUACCUCCAUGCUAGAGAGUAUUCAAUUUCAUGUGGCAGGUCGCUCAGUCCAUUCUCCAUGUCUAUGGUCUGAGAGAAUACUGCAGACGCGUAAUAAAAUCUCUAUUAAAAUUUGUGUUGAAAUGAGAUCUGAAUUAUUUUAUAAAAAAAAUCAAGUAAUUCCACUGAAAUGUUAUUAAUUUAUAAUACCAUGACUAUGAUGUCUCAAUUUUAUUAUAUUUUGAUACAAUUAUUUUGUAGUUGUUCUGUGAAAUGUCUGCAUAAUAAAUGUAUUUUAAGUGAUAAGUAUUGUAUAUAUGAGUCUACUCUCUCCCCCUUAUUAAUAAACGUACAAGAAGCAUAGUCACAGUGUUUUAUUUAUAGUCCAGGCAACGAAAAGGUAUAGAGGGAAAUGCUUGGAACACAAUUUUUGACUUCGUAACUUUGUUAAGACUAGUUAAGAGGUAAACAUAGCAAAAGUCCCCGCCCGUAGCCCUUAAGCCGUUGGGAAGGGGGGGGAUUGAAGGUCCCAUUUUUAUGUUUUUCGCAUAUAUCUCGGAAACUAUGCAUCCUAGUGACAUAAGACUUUGACAAAAGUGAAAGCUGAUUAAAUUUGCUACAAGUCUUAUUCAGUCAAAAAGUCUGUAAUUAUGGAAAAAAAUGCUUCACAUUUUUGCUCUAUUUGACCGGAUAACUCUUCAACAAUGCCGGCCGUAGGGUUGUUGGUUCCACCAGUGAGCAGCAUGCAGAUUUCGGACAAGCCCGCCAAAACAAGGAUGGAGCUGACAUUGCCAAGCUCACCGAUUGGUUUGAGAAAAUUCCUCCCUUCCCAGAGACCAGAGACAUUAUCAAGUCACCAGAAAUCCAGAAAGCAGCAGCGGUCUUUUCACACCCUUUCUCCACCACCGCUCAAGUACAAAAGGCAGGUGAAACCUGCAUCUUAAGGUGGUAUGGAGCUCCAUGCCUACAGGUACAAGCCAUUCUUGAAAUCAGUGGCCACCAUCAAGCCUGAUAUCUCUUGUCUUCCUCCCACCGAGGGAGCAGUAAAACAGCAUUCCCAGGAAGUGGUGGCAAUUUUUUUUUUCCAUAAUUACAGACUUUCAAGAGCAAAUUUAAUCAGCUUUCACUUUUGUCAAAGUCUCAUGUCGCUAGGAUGCAUAGUUUCCGAGAUAUAUGCGAAAAACCUAAAAAUGGGACCUUCAAUCCCCCCCCCCCCUCCCCCCUUCCCCCCGGCUUAAGGGCUACGGGCGGGGACUUUUGUGUUUACCUCCUAACUAGUCCUAACAAAGUUACGAAGUCAAAAAUUGUGUUCCAAGCAUUUCCCUCUAUACCUGUUUUCGAGCAUUCGUUGCCUGGACUAUUACACACACGAGUAACAUUUUGUAAAUCGAUUAAUACAGACAAAACGCUGCCUCACUAUUCAAAGGUUUUAUUUGUUGUUUGUUUAGUAAUAAUGGGGUUAUAGAAUAAAUGUUAUGUUUGUUAGAUGAAUAAAUAAAUGGAAUCUAAG